GCAAAGGCAAUAACAAUAACAAUAAUCAAGGAAAAGGCAAUAACAAUGAUCCAAAUGCCAAAGGAAACAACAAUAACAAUAAUCCAAAUGCCAAAGGAAACAACAAUAACAAUAAUCCAAAUGCCAAAGGAAACAACAAUAACAAUAAUCCAAAUGCCAAAAACAAUAAUCCAAAUGCCAAAAACAAUAAUCCAAAUGCCAAAAACAAUAAUCCAAAUGCCAAAAAUAAUGAUCCAAAUGCCAAUAAUCCAAAUCAGGGAAGGGGUCAAAAUAACAACCCAAAUGGAGGAAAAGGUGCAAGAA